AUAUACAAAUACAAAAUUUUACAGCUGUGUUGUGGUGUCUAAAAUCUAAAAAUAGUUAGAGAGUGCUAAUAAAUAUAAAUAACGUGUAAAUUCUUGUUGAUUUCAGUUUUAAUUAAACAAAUAACUGUCCGAAAUGAAUAUGGCAGUGCAGCCAUAUUCUUAUAAUGCUGUUAGCUUCGAUGGAAGCCCCAUUGAACAGCUUAUUUUGAGUCUGGGUGACAUCUUCAAUAUCAGGAUAGUGUGGGACCAGCAGAGCGCGCUGCUGACGGGCGCGCUGGUGCUGGCGGGGGGCGUGGUCGGGGGGCUCGCUGGGGGCCGCCUGGGAGCCGCCGUGGGCGCCGGCAUCGGCAGCGUCACCGGGAUUGGAGCUGCUACUGCAUUAGCCCUGCGGGAGGUCUGGACGGACAUCAAGGAGAAAGUAAAGGAGUUAUUCUUCAUAGUGUUCAACUACCUCAGGAGGUUGGACCCCGUCGACUACGUCAAUGCUAUACAGAUAGUAAUGUCUUGCACGGGGACAAGAACGGAACUGGUCCUGACGAUUUUAGACUUUAUUGCUCACAAGUUAGGGAAGGAAGUUCUUUCCAGUUUGACUGCAGCUUAGGGCUGGGUAACUUAUGUGUUUUAGGAUUUGUUUUGUUGUUUGAAGCUCAAAUUUUGUGAUAAAUUUUUGUAGGUUUUUUAUUAUUUGCUUAAAUUCAAUUGUUCAGAAAUUGCACAUGACACAUAAAAUGAUUAUUAGUAAGACAUUAUUAUGUAUGAUUCAAUAAUUACAUCUCCUGAAUGUUAUGCCAUUUUCAUGGGAUUGAUUGAUUAGUAUAGCAACAACACUAUGUUUGUAUUUUUAUAAAUAUUUUAUAUAUAUUGAGUAGUUAACACUGCAAAAAAGCUGUAAGUACUUAAUUUUAAAAGUAUACAAAUACACGCUCACGAGAUUAGUAUAGCUAUAGGAUUACUUAGUAUAUUCAAUAUGCAUCAGUUGGUCUUUCUUUGUUUUAAUUGUUAAUUAUGACCUGAUUGUAUUUCUAGUUAUGUUAGUUUAAAUCUAGAUUCUCAAUUCCUAGAUAUUGUGAUGAAUCUGUACCUCUACUAACAAAUAUGUGAUUUAGUACUUAAGAGUGAUCUGACAAUAUAGUGAAAUUAUUUUGGUACAUUCGAGUAUUUAUGAUCCCACUCCUUAAUUACCUAGCUACUUUUUAUGUAACAUUUUCAUACGUUGCUAAAAUAUUGAAUUUUCACGGAAAUCAAAGUUGAAAAAAGCAAAAGUUCAGAAUCACGGCAGGUUCAACCAGUUCCUGUUUAAAAUAAAAAUAAAAUGUUUAAGGAGAAAAACAAAACGGCUGUACCUAUUUUAACAGCCAAGUAUAGUAAAGUAGGUGUACCUACCUACCCGUUUUUAAUCCAUUAUCGUACAAAUUGAUAAAGAAUAGGUAAGUACAUUAUAACUUAUUAGAUAUCAGCUUGAUAAACCUAUCACUUAUCUUUAGGUUGAGGUAUCAGAACGCCACUUCGACUAAUAACAAGCAGUGUUUACAAUAAUAUUACAUAAAUUAUUUUUCAAAAUGUUCCGUAAAAGUGACCCUUCUGACGCAGAUAUCAUCUUAUGUGAAAAACUAAUAUUGGAUCUAGCGAGAGAAUUCGAUAUAAGAAUAAGAGAUGACAUCAAGACUGGAUCUCAUUUAGUCAUCGAUGGCGAAGAGCCCAAAGAAAAGUCCCUGGACAAAGUUUUAAAAACAACGAAAGGAGUUUUGAAAGAAAUGGUGAUAAUCAUGUACGAUUUUCUACGAAAUAUGGAUUCAGACGACCUUCAUAAGGCAGCAAAUAUACUCAGGGCUAGCCAGGGGACCAAGAAAGAUGUACUUAUCGCCAUUUUGGAAUUUCUGGCUACAAGACUGGGCAAAACUGCGAUAGGAGGUAGACAGGAUCGUAUUGAAGCUAAACCUAAACCAUAGACUAAUAAUUAUUAGUCUAUGCCUAAACGCACUCUAAUUAACGAAAUGACCACUAGAAAAACGAUUUAAAUUUGGCAGCACCGUCGCUCGAUUGUGACCAAUCAGAGAAUUCGAUUAAAAAUGGCUACCGAGUCUACCAAUAGCAAGAGAGCAGAAGGCAACGGUAGGUAGCGCUACAAUCAAAUUUUCUUUCUCUUACACCCUUUGAUGUCCUUAUGUAGAAUGUUUAAUUGAUUUCAGUAUUCACAUACAAAAUAAUAAAAUUUGUUCUGGA